UCCCCGCCCUUCAGAAUGGAUUCGUCCAGUUCCCAUCACCAGAGCGAAUCGAUAGUUAAAGAAGCCUGAAUAUUGCAGCUCUAUUUCGGCACCGACAGAACGUGACAUCACGAGUCUACAGUGGGGAAAACAAUGGAGGAGCAGAAGCUGAAAGAUCCUAUUAAUAAAGUGGCUUUGAUCAAAGAUGAGCUGAGCAGGAGCACUGUGGAGGCCAGUGAGUCUGAGAAGGUCAUCCAACGCCUCAACCAGGAACUGCAGGAUGCCAAUGAACAGGCCGACUCGAGCAAACACAAGUGUGUCGAACUCCAAGGUCUAUUGGAGGAGGAGAAAAAAGCCAAUAAGCAGCAGGCAGAGGAGUCAGCAAAACAGAUAAAGGUCCUGCAGACUCAGCUCCAGAAACUGCAGGAUGACAUGGAGAAUCUCAGGGAUCAGAAGGACAGCGUGGUCUUCAGCAUGAGACAGGAAGCGCACACAGCUCAGGAGGAAGUGCAGGUGUUGCGCCGCACUAUGGAGAAAACGGCAGCCGAGCGAGAACAUGAGGUCAGCGCGCUGAAGGGGAACUUGGCGACACUAACUUCUGAGCUGGAGAAAUGGCAGUUGGCUGCAAACAAGUACGAGCGUGAGCUUGACAGUGUACAGGCCAGUCAACAACAGCAGAACCAGCAGAGAGACAGAGCUGCCAAACAGCAAGCGAGCGAGCUGGAGCGGCUGCAGAAGGACUGUGAGAGCCUGAGGAAGGAGUGCGUGUCUCUGAGGUCAGAGAGAGAGCAGCUGGCUGAUAAACAGCAGAAAGAGAAGAUCAGCCUGCAGAGUGAGAGCAACACCCUGCGCUCAGAGAAAGAACAGCUAAUGAAGAAACAACAGCAGCUGGAGAAAGAGCUGGACAGCUCCAAGAAACAGACCACAAGUCUGAGCAACACGGUCAAGACCCUGGAGAAGACGCAGGCGGACAUGGAGAAACGGCUGAGCGUCCUGCAGGAGGAACACCAGAGAGACACUAUCCAGCUGGAGCAAGGCAAUAGCAGGAUCAAAGAACUGCAGAAAGAGUAUGAGGAGAUCCAGUCAGAGCUGUCGGGCCUCAGGGAGAAGUAUGAGAAUGUAGAGGAGGAGAAAGGCUCCAUCAGUCUAGAGCUGCAGCAGAGCCAAGAGCGCCUGAGGCUUCUGCAGGACAAAGACAAGCAUCUGUCUUUAUUGCAGCCCAUCCUAGCCGUAGCCAUCGGCCUUGUCCUGGCUUUGCUGUAUUGGUGCUUGGGCCCAUUGUGGUAGAAAGGGAAAAUGGAUCAGGUGGAUGCCUGUUGCCGCUGUAACCAUUGCUGUGACGGGGUAUUUGCUUUCAAAGACCUCAAAAUGAACAACGUGAUGAACCAGUAACAAGCGCACACACCGUGACAUGCAUACCUAGUCAAUCUUUCUCAGACGUGUCAACAUUUGUGUCCUUUUAGUCUGUGUGGUGUUAGUUGGAGUAAAAAGUGUUUAAACGCAACUUUCUACUCGCAUACCGACGGCCUUAGAGUAAUUUCAUCACAACAUUCCCUCAGUUGCACCAUACAUGUAUAUUUUAAAUUGGACGUUGUGUAUGCAUAGCAUUUGAAGUAUCUGGCUAAUAACAGGUAUUUUAUUGAACACUGUUGCUUUGCCCAACAAACACUUAGACAUUUGUCUUAAAUAACAUACAGUAGCAUCAAAUAAACAAACGUUUAUACCUUCCAUUAAAAGUGAUUGAGAAUUUUGCAAAUCCCACUGCAAUAACACAUUCGAGACAUGAUGCAUCCAUUUAAGUUUUAAUACAUUCUGUGGGUUAAAGGCCUAAAUCCGCCAUGUAACGUGUAUGUGUCCUUGCACCUUAUACAAAGCCAUUAGUAAUUAGUCUAUGCACUGUACUUUGUGAUAAGGAUUUGACGUAUUCUUAUUAAUGAUGAUGAUGAUGAUGAAAAUAAUCGCUGUUCACUUAGGACAUUAGAGAGCUAUUUUGUCCUAAAGAGACUUAUAAUAUAGUGUUUAUGAUUUAUGUAUAUUAUUACUUGUACAAAGAUUUAAGGAAAAUCUACCUGAUCUAACAAACAUGCAAUUCCAAUAAAUAAGUGUAGUUCAGCCAU